CGGAACAAUCGAUACUGCAGCUGCUUGCUUGCUGACCACAAAUCUGCGCGUGCACACACAACACGUAUUAAUUCAGAAAUACAGCCGCAUCCCAUACCGCUAUCUCUAUCGACCACCCUUCAGCGCCUCCAGCAUACAUAGCACCUCUGAGAGCUGAGCCCCGCCGAGACCAGCUUCGUGCAACAGAUCGAACGGACAUCUCUCUCGACCUGGGCCAAGAUGGCCGACAGUAACACUGAGGCCGACCUGCAGGUGACUUUCAACAUCAAGUCCUCCUCAGACGCCAAAUACGCCCUCACUCUCCCCGCCUCGACCACCGUCGCCGAUCUCAAGCAGAAGCUAUCGGGCUCAGAAUACGCCAAUGUACCACCAGAGUCGCAACGCCUCAUCUACAGUGGCCGCGUGCUGAAGGAUGCCGACACAUUAGGCAGCUACAAGAUCAAGGAUGGCAACACUGUCCAUCUGGUCAAGAGCGCGCCGAGCAACCAGCGGCAAGCUCCUGCGAACCAAGGCGGAUCCGCAGUGCCCCCGGGAGCUGGACAGCCAGCCUCGAAUGUGCCUUCCAACAUCGCCGCUGGCACUGGCGCUGGCAACCCUCUAGCACAGCUCACCGGCGCUCGCUAUGCUGGCUUUCACGGACUGCCCGGCGCCGACAUGUUUGGCGCUGAUGGAGGAAUGGGCGCGCCGCCGAAUCCGGAUCAGAUGCUUAGGUUGCUUGAAGAUCCCAACUUCGCGCAACAGAUGAAUGAAGCCAUGAACAACCCCGCCGUACUAGACAUGCUCCGGAACAACCCAAUGAUCCGGAACAAUCCUAUGGCUCGUGCAGCCAUAGAGAACCCAGAAAUGCGGCGGAUGAUGUUCAAUCCAGACAUGAUUAGAAUGCAAAUGAACAUGCAGAGAGUGAUGGGUGGAAAUGGUGCAGGUGGCGACGGGGCAUUCCCGAUGCCUGGCCAAACAGACACAACUCCUGCCGGAGAAGGAGCCAAUGCAGAUAACAACACGGCAACGAGCGGCACACAACGUCAGACUGGCUCUCAGGCUCCGCCUGCGAAUCCUUUCGCGGCACUGUUUCCCACUCCUGGCUCGGGUGCUCCGGGCGGCAAUGCUGGCGGUGCAGGCGGAAAUGCAAACACGUCCGCUCAGCAAAACCCAUUCGGCAGCCUCUUUGGCGGUGCACAGAAUCAAGGCGGCGAUCAGCAGAACCCCUUCGCCCAAUCAAUGCAACAGCUUGCACAAAAUCCAGAGCUCAUGCAGCAAAUGAUGCAAGCAUUUGGUGGCGGAGGUCAAGGCGCACAAGGAGGGCAAGGCGGCUUCAAUCCUUUCGGUGCCUUAGGUGGCAUGGGAGGUUUCGGGGGGUCUCCAGAGCCUCAAGGUCCACCCGACAAUCGCCCUCCUGAGGAGCUUUAUGCCGAGCAACUUCGGCAGCUGAACGACAUGGGCUUCUACGAGUUUGAGCGCAAUGUCACAGCGUUGCGGAGAAGCGGAGGCAGCGUGCAGGGCGCUGUGGAAUACCUUUUGACAAACCCGUAGGAGGACUUGGCAGAGACACUCUCCAACACAAGCCUGGAUUAGCUUGUCGAUUUUCGACCUUGCUUCGGCGGAGAAGCAUUCGUUAUCAUAGCACUGGCUCGAAACCAAGCGCUUCACCACUCUACGCAUUUGGUCUUCGCUUUGUACAGCGUAAUACAGCAUCCAGCGUCGGCGCACGAGGAAUUAUUGAGCAAGGAAUGCUACGAUGAUCAUCACGGUCUAUGAAGUGGCGCAAACCUGAAGCAAGGAGUCAGAGACUGCGUCCAACAGCACAUCCAGACCCGAGGCUCAUGGGCCAUUGUCAAUCAAGACAUCACGAUUUGGCGAGGCUUUGUCUUCGUUUCUAUUCUCC